CAAAACCGAGAGCUGGCCAGCGUUUGGUGUGGAAAAUAUCUUAUAAAUAUGCUAACCUGGCAGAUCGGAGCGUUGUGGUUAGUCAUUUCAAUUCUGGCAAUGGCAGAGAGUGUUACUAAACUGGAAAGCGGGACAUGCACGGUGGCAGCGGCUGGCAAUUCCGGAUGCGGAGGAACUCCUCCUCCGGACCAGGCCCGCUACGACAACUAUCGCAUCUACAAUGUCGAAUUCGAGAACGAGGAGCAGAUCUCACUGUUCCAGAAACUGGAAGAGCAGAGCGACAGUCUGACCUUCAUUGGCCACGCCCGCGAGAUUGGCCAGAAGUUGUCUAUUUUGGUGGCGGCUCAUCGCGUGGCGGAUUUCGCAGAUCUCCUGAAGACCUACAAGUUAAAGCAUCGUGUCUUGACCUACAACUUCCAGGAGAAGAUUGACCGCAAUCUGGGUGAAGUGCAACCGGAGAACAUUGAUGCUCUGCAACUAGACUGGCAGCACUUCUUCCACUUAAAGACCAUCUACGAAUGGAUGGAUAAGAUGGCCGCCAAGUAUCCCGAUCGUCUGACUGUCCUGGACAUGGGCACCAGCACGCAGGGAAACGCCAUAAAGGGUGUAAAGUUGUCGAGUAACCCGAACAAUAAGGCCAUCUUCAUUGAAAGUGGCAUCCACGCUAGAGAGUGGAUUGCCCCGGCCGCUGCUACGUACAUAAUCAAUGAGCUGCUCACCUCCCAGGACCCGCAGGUGCAGAGACUGGCCCUGGACUUCAACUGGAUAGUUUUCCCCUGCGUUAAUCCCGAUGGCUACAAGUACACCUUUGAGCACGACCGUAUGUGGCGCAAGAACCGUCAGUUGUUCGGCACCUGCCGCGGUGUGGACCUGAACAGAAACUAUCCCGACCACUGGAACAGCGCUGGUGCUAGCAGCGACCCUACACGUUAUGACUUUGCCGGACCCUCGGCCGGAAGCGAGGUGGAGACGCAGCGCGUAAUCGCUUUCAUACGCGCCAAUGUGGGCAAGGAGCAGAUCAAGACCUACAUUGCCCUGCACUCCUACUCCCAGAUGUUAAUGUUCCCGUAUGGCUACACCAAGGAGCGCGUGUCCAACUAUGAUGAUCUGCAAGAGUUCGGAAAAAAGGCAUCUGCGGCCAUCAAGACGGAAAGCGGCAGGGACUAUGUAAGUGGCAGUCUGUAUGAGACCAUCUAUCCGUCAAGCGGUGGCAGCAUGGAUUGGGCGCAUUCCGAGGCUGGAAUCCCAAUCGCCUAUACCUUCGAGCUGCGCGGUCCGCCGGACAGUCAGGAUCUGUUCAUCCUGCCCGCAGUGGAGAUCCUACCCACGGCCAGCGAAGCCUUUACCGCGAUUCGCACCAUUGUGAAUGCUGCAGCCGAGAAGGGUUACUACAAGUGAACAUGCCUCGUUCCAGAUUUCCUCAAAUGGGCAUUUUUAUACGUUCAACGAUCUAGACAAACUUUAAGUGCACAACGAUAUUAUCUUUAUACAAAAUAAACUCACAUAAAAACCA